AUGGGACAGUCGUAUGACUGUCUUGGUGAUGGUGUCAAACCCUGUAAAAUUGAUCAUACUCUCCGCAUCAACUGCCGUCAUUGUCGUUUGAAAAAGUGCUUGCGUGCUGGAAUGGUCCGUGACUUAGUCCAAGCAAAGCGGGAAGUCAAAACGGACCAGAAAAAUUCAAGAAACUCUAGAAAUUCGUCUCAAUCCGAGGAGAGUUUUCCACAGAUUCCGCAAAUGCAAGAAAUCUCACAAGUUCCCGAGAGUUCUGGACAGAAUUAUUUCGACCAAUACCCAUCCACAUCUCAAAAGCCGUCUACAGACGUCAUUUUUUACUCUGAAAACGAAUGGGAUUACUGUCAACCAUCGCCAAAAUCUAGAAAAAUGACAGAAUCCGAGGAAAACUUGAUGGGAAUGGAGGAAUUGCAACAGUUUAUUCAAGUUCCCGACGAUUUUCCGAUUUUGGAAGAUUCUAGGUCUCGGAUGACGUCGUUUUCAGAAUCCUCAGCUUAUUUGUCUGGAAUUGAGGAGGAGGAGAGAUUAUUCGCGUUGGCUGCGCUGUACACGGAUCAAGUCAUUAAUUUGAACAUGAGACGGAGGAUAACGUACACAGAUCAUUUGUUGGGGUCCGUUUUUGAUGGUCCAUGUGUUUGUAUUGUCCUUUUUCGAACCGCCGCUGCUGUAGAUGUACUCCUGGACCAAGCCUAUUAUAGUCAAGUAUUAUUCCCAAAUGAUGCCGUUUUGGUGACGGCAAAUGGAGAGUACUUGGCUAUGGAACCAAUUCCAAAAAUUGAAAAUCAGAGAGAUUCUGGAAACUUCGAGUCUGAUGAGGAUUUUGAUAAAUUCAGCCGUCAACGUGACGAUAUUUUCCGGACCCUUUUGCUCAUUUGUGAUGAAGAGGGUCAUUCGGAUGCUCUUCUCAGAGCAUCCGAUAUUUUAUUGGCUGUUGGGAUAGUGAUGGCUGAAGUGCAUGAAAUGGUGACGUCAUAUAUUGAGAUUACGGUAUAUGAUGUGUUGGAUGACCCCAUUUUGAAGGAUAUGUUAAGAUUUCAGUAUUAG